AGAAAGAACCAUGAAUGCCUUUGAGAAAAUAAUUUGGACGCAAUAGCUAUAAGGAAGGAAAGAAUUGCAAGUAAUAUUAAAACACAAGAUAAUAUAAAUGUACUUUUCACUGUCUCGCGUGUAAAUAUAGGGGCCGUUCCCAACGUGACCGGAUAUGGGAUAUGGGAAGUACUGUGUACACAAGUACACACAGCUCACAGGCAAACUUCACUGAGGUCAAGUUCAUUUUGCAAAAAAAUAUCAGCAUUGUUGGCAGCUAUUAGAUGUGAAAAAAAACAAAACAAAACUGCGUUAAUGUAAAUGAAGUUCCGUUUCAUUAAUGAUUAAGUGCUGAAGAAUGGGAACCACCAACCUUUUUUUGCCCCAUUUUAGAAGAGCUGCUGCAAGGAACCACAUCAUAAAUGCUAUUGUUCAGGUAGUUCCAAAAUCCAGCUCAGGACUGUGUUCUCAACACACUGGUAGGAAUGGAGUGGCUGCAGGACAAAGGAGAAGCUAUUGCAUUCAGGCAGCUUUGAGCUGGCAGCUGCAUGACCUCACAGCAAAGGAGCAGAGACUGCUGGCUGGCCUGUACCAGGGCCUGGUCCAAGGACAUCGGGCCAGCCUUGCCGAGUCCAUCACACUGGUAGAAUCCUGCAACAGCAGGAAGAAGGAACUUGCUCAAGUGCUGCUUCAGCAGGUCUUGGCUUACCAGAGACAACAAGAAUGUUUACAUGGAGGAAAACCUCUUGCUUUCAGAGUGGGGUUGUCUGGUCCUCCCGGUGCUGGAAAGUCAACCUUUAUCGAGGUGGUUGGGAAGAUGCUGACGAGAAGAGGACACAAAGUCGCAGUUUUGGCCGUAGACCCAUCUUCCUGCACUACUGGAGGGUCUCUCAUGGGAGACAAAACCCGGAUGACAGAGCUGUCCAGGGAUAUGAAUGCUUACAUCCGUCCUUCCCCUACCUCUGGUACUCUGGGAGGAGUAACAAGAACCACAAAUGAAGCCAUACUACUUUGCGAGGGAGCAGGUUAUGACAUAGUUUUGGUGGAGACUGUAGGUGUUGGACAGUCUGAAUUUGCUGUGGCUGACAUGGUCGAUAUGUUUGUGUUACUGAUUCCGCCAGCCGGGGGUGACGAGCUGCAGGGAAUCAAGCGAGGGAUUAUCGAAAUGGCAGAUUUGGUGGUUGUAACUAAAGCUGACAGCGACUUGUUGGUUCCUGCGCGCAGAAUACAAGCUGAAUACACCAGUGCUUUGAAACUUCUUAGAAAUAAGUCAAAGUUGUGGAAGCCGCAGGUGACCCGCGUAUCCUCAAAGACUGGAGAAGGGGUUCCAGAACUGUGGGCUAAAAUUAAAGAGUUUCAUGAGGCCAUGCUUGGCAGUGGAGAGCUGUUAGCCAGGAGAAGCAGCCAGCAGAGGGUGUGGAUGUGGAACUUGAUCCAGGAGAAUGCGCUGAGGCAUUUCCGAGAGCACCCUGCGGUCCGUGAGCAGAUCCCAGGCUUGGAGCAGAAAGUCACCAGUGGGGUGCUGUCUCCAGGACUGGCUGCAGAUCUGCUGCUGAAGGCUUUCUCAGCAAGACAAUGAAAACUGGAGAUAGUAUUUUACUGAUACCUUCAUCACCACUCAUUCACCACCGCAGUAAUGAGGAGGUGGGGUCUGUCUGCCAAAGAAUGCUGAUUACAAAAGAGCAGCCAGCCAGCUAAGGGCUCUUUGUUUUGGAUGUAACACAUUAUAUUCACAGGUCUCUUUUCUGCUGAGUUUUCUCUCUCUGUGUCCCUCAAUCCAUCCUUUCUACUGCGACAGGCUACCAGAACAGUUUUUUUCUCAUAGACACUUGCUAGAAUCGCAACUGGUUAAUUAACAGGAAAUGUUUCACUACCUGUUAUUGCUUAACUGAUCCACCCAGCGUCUUUGAUCUGUAAUACUUAACUGAAUGUUUGUUAUAAUUGUGUCUGUAUCAGGUCUUGGAAGUGUGACUCUCUUAGUAAUGCUGAACUGAAGUGUAAACACCUGGGGCUUGUAAUUAAGUGUUGCACACAUACAGUGAAUUCCUACAGGCAGCAUGUUUUGGUUUACAGCUGCCAAUGGCACCUAACCCCAAAAGACCGUUGCCAGAAAAAAAAUUAGUCCCAUUUGUUGACCGUUUUAGUCGCAGUCUGGAGCCCUGUUCGAUCUCCAUUGUUCAAAAGUGGCAAAAAAAAUAAUUCCGACAUACACCCCAAAAUAAUGGUCCGCUGAAAGAGAAAUGCACCCCGAUUUACCAGAUGUAAUCUCUAUGUAUUCCUAUAGGAACCUGUUUUGAAGACUGAGAUACGUUUAAAAGUAUGGAUUUUGAAGACUGCAUUAUUUACGCACUACAACAUAACGGAGUGUGACAGACUCCAGGCAAUUCAGAACUGCAAAUGGAGAAAAUAUAUUCAAUAUUCAAAAGUGGAUGUAUUUUAAUUCAGUUUAAUGUAUUUCAGUGUAGUGCACUCUGGUGCUAGUGGGACUUAGAGAAUUGUUUUGAACAAGGCCGAUCGAGAAAGAAUCUGAAAGUUUUUCACAAAGCUUGGAGGCAGAGUUUUCCAACCUUGGGGUCUAUUCAGUUGAUCUAAACAGUGGUGGAUCUAAACACCACCACCCUCUACAUAGUAAAUUAACCUUCAUGUCAAUCUGAAACGAGUGGUGGUUUAAAUGGGUGAAAUGCUGUAUGUGGCAGGAAUUCCUGUUGCCAUGAAAAAUAUGAUGAAUUUUAAAGGUAGCUAUUGUAUUCAUAGAUGUCGCAUGGAGCUUCAUUUUGGAUAAUUAAUGUUGUGGAACAGACAAGUGAUAACAGAGAUAUAUAUAUAUAUAUAU